AGAACCGGAUACCAUCAACAGCCCUUAUUUUUAUCCCGAUGGCUUCUCUCUCGCUUUCUCUCCCCGCGUUUUCUAGCAGCCGUCCACUCGCUCGGAGCUCUAACGAACGCCAGGCGCUCUUUAGCCGCAUCGCUCCUGUAUACGAUAAUCUGAAUGAUUUGUUGAGUUUGGGUCAGCAUCGGAUAUGGAAACGGAUGGCCAUCUCUUGGAGCGCAGCGAGAAAGGGAGAUUGGGUUCUUGACUUGUGCUGUGGGAGUGGGGAUUUGGCAUUCCUCUUGUCACAGAAGGUUGGAUUUGAAGGGAAGGAACCGCAUAUUCAUCCUGGUUGCGACAGACUACUUUCCAUUGUAUUCUCGAGGAUCAAGAUGGUGACUGGUCUUGAUUUCUCAAGGGAACAGUUGUCCAUUGCUUCAGCUCGACAAGACUCAUUCUGGAAGCCUUGCUACAAGAACAUUGCGUGGAUUGAAGGCGAUGCGCUUGAUCUACCAUUUCCAGACAGUUACUUUGAUGCGAUCACUGUCGGUUAUGGUUUACGUAAUUUAGUGGAUAAGCAUGCUGCUAUGAAGGAGGUUUUUCGGGUUCUAAAACCAGGCUCAAGGGUAUCAAUUUUGGAUUUUAACAAGAGCACAAACUCAUCUGUUGUCUUCAUUCAGGAAUGGAUGAUUAACAAUGUCGUCGUUCCAGUGGCAAGUAACUAUGGCCUUGCGGAGGAGUACACAUACUUGAAAAGCUCAAUCGACAAUUUCUUAACAGGGAAGGAGUUGGAAAAGCUUGCCAAUGAAUUGGGAUUUUCAAAAGCCAGGCACUAUGAGAUUGGUGGGGGCCUCAUGGGGAACUUAGUUGCCACUAGAUAGUGAACAAAUUGAAGAAAUGUUGGUACAUUUGGUAGUUUUUGGACAUCCCAUUAAAAAAAAAAACUCCAAUUUAAUUCUAUUUUGCAAUCUUUUCCUUCUAAUCUUAUUUUAAAUAGUAGGAUUAGACUGUUUGGCUGGACUGCGUUGUUUGCCAGAUGAC